UGGAGCCACGUGCGCUGAUCCACGAGGAGACGUCGGACGUCACCUGAACCCGACGAUCGUAGAUGAGCUCUGAACCAGCUGAUGAUGAUGAUGAUGAUGAAGACAGCAGGCCUGAAUAGUGAUGACCCCCACCCUCGUCGUUUUGAGCAUGCUGCCCGGGUAGCAGAGAGGCUCCGCCCCCAAGAGAGGAGCGCCCGCCCGCUUCACACCAACACACGGAGUCGGCCCAACUCGAGCACCGCCAUGCUGAUCAAGGAGUACCGCAUCCCCAUGCCCAUGAGCGUGGAGGAGUACCGCAUCGCUCAGCUCUACAUGAUCCAGAAGAAGAGCCGAGAGGAGAGCUGUGGCGAGGGCAGCGGGGUGGAGAUCCUGGAGAACAAGCCCUACGAGGACGGACCGGGGGGGUCGGGUCAGUACACGCACAAGGUCUACCACAUCGGCAAACACAUCCCCUCCUGGUUCUGUGCCAUCCUGCCUCAGGCCGCCCUGCGGGUGGAGGAGGAGUCCUGGAACGCUUACCCCUACACCCGAACCCGGUACACGUGUCCCUUUGUGGAGAAGUUCUCCAUCGACAUCGAGACGUACUACAAGCCGGACACCGGCAAUCAAGUGGACGUCUUCAACUUGUCUUCUGCCGAGAAGAGGCAGAGGACCGUGGACCCCAUAGACAUCGUGAAGGACUACAUCACUCCUCACGAGUACCUGGUGGAAGAGGACCCCAAGCUCUACCAGUCGGUGAAAACCAAGCGCGGCCCGCUGACGGACGACUGGAUCGAGGAGAUCAACCAGGAGGCCGGAGAGUGUCCCGUCAUGUGCGCCUACAAGCUGUGCAAGGUGGAGUUCAGAUACUGGGGCAUGCAGUCCAAGAUCGAGCGCUUCAUACACGACGUGGGUCUGCGUAAAGUGAUGUUUCGGGCCCACCGGCAGGCGUGGUGCUGGCAGGACGAGUGGUACGGCCUGACCAUCGAGGACAUCGGCAGCUGGAGCUGGAGACCCCAGCUGGCUUUGGCCAAGAAGAUGGCCCAGUACAGCGAGGGCGGCGCCGAGAACAGCGGCUCCUCCGCCAGCCAGGACCAGGGGCCGGGGGCCGAGGCCCCGGGGUCGGCGGCGGAGGCCGACGGGGGCGGGGGAAAGCUGGGGGACUCCCUGGAGACGCGCGGGGAGCUCACCAAGCAGUGGUCGACGUCCUCCAGGUCCUCCAACAGGUCGUCCAAGAGGGGCGGGAGUCCGUCUCACCAGAGCAUCUCGGAGUGGAGGAUGCAGAGCAUCGCCCGAGACUCCGAGGACAGCACGGACGACGAGUUCUUCGACGCGCACGAGGACUUCUCUGACAACGAGGAGAUGUUCGCCAAGGAGAUCACCAAGUGGAGCUCCAACGACCUGAUGGACAAGAUCGAGACGAUGGAGGCGGACGAAGCACAAGAGAUGUUGUACCAGGAGUCGGGCGGCGAGUACUCCAUGAUGAGUAAUGAGGAGAGGCAGAUGGAGGACUGUUCGUCCCAGCAGUGUCUCCAGUCGGCCAAAACCCACGUCCUGGUUCUGGUGCUGCACGGGGGGAACAUCCUGGACACCGGCUCUGGCGAACAGAACAGCAAGCAGGGCGACCUGAACACGCUGAGCGGAGCCUUCGAGACGGUGAUGGGGGUCCACUACCCGGCGGCGCUGGGCCGCAUCGCCAUCCGGAUGGUGCCCUGUCCCGCCGUGUGCGUCGACGCCUUCUCACUCGUCUCCAACCUCAGCCCCUACAGCUACGACGAGGGCUGCCUGUCCAGCAGCCAGGACCACAUCCCUCUGGCUGCGCUGCCUCUUCUGGCCACGUCGGCGCCGCAGUACCAGGACGCCGUGGCGGCGGUCAUCCUGCGAGCCAACCAGGUGUACGGCGACUUCGUCCGGUCUCUGGAGGGAGCGUCUUUCAACGGCCAGGUGUGCGUCAUCGGGGACUGCGUGGGCGGGAUCCUGGGCUUCGACGCCCUGUGCAGCAGCUCGGUGACGGUGUCGGAGAGCCAGAACAGCAGCAGGCGGGGCAGCGCCAUCAGCGUGCAGGACACGGAGCUCCUCUCGCCGGGCAUCGUCAUCAACAGCGUCGCCCCGUCCCUCGAGGGAAGCCGCCACCUCAGCCGCAGCAACAUCGACAUCCCCCGCUGCUCGGGCCCCGACGACCCCAAGAGGCCGCUUCCGCGCAAGCGCAGCGACUCCUCCACCUACGAGCUGGACACCAUCAAGCACCACCAGGCCUUCCUGUCCAGCCUCCACUCCAGCGCGCUGCUCGGGGAGCCCGGCUCGCGGCGCUCCAGCGGCAGCACGAUGCUGGAAGGAGGCUCUCUGGGGAAGUUUGACUUUGAGGUGACGGACUUCUUCACGUUCGGCUCUCCCCUGGGGCUGGUGCUGGCGCUGAGGAAGACUGCGGUGCCCACGUUGGACGUGUCCGCCCUGCGUCCGGCCUGCCAGCAGGUCUACAACCUGUUCCACCCCGCCGACCCGUCGGCCUCGCGCCUCGAGCCCCUCCUCGACAAGCGCUUCCACCUGCUGCCCCCCUUCAGCGUGCCGCGCUACCAGCGCUUCCCUCUGGGCGACGGACACUCGGCCCUGCUGGUGGAGACCGUGCAGAGUAACCCCCAGCUGCUGAUGGAGUCCGUCGGUUCGAUGUCCCAGCGCUACCAGGACAGCAGCGUCACCGAGACGUCCAUCCCCGUGCCCGUCCUCAACUGGCAGCUCCUCACCGACGGUGUGUAUCCAGCCGACUCUCUUCCCUCGCACGUUUUCGUGGACGGCCAGGUCCCGUCGCCCACCUCCCCGGGUCUCCCCCACCUCCGCUGCCACCGGCGGGCCAGCGAGGCCAGCAUCGCCAGCCAGGUGUCCGGCAUGGCCGACUCCUACACCGCCUCCAACAUCGCCACCACACGCGAGCCCGAUGCCGGCCCCUGUAAGAGGCCCGGCCUGCUCGCCCAGCUGGCCCUCCCCUACAGUAGGUUGGCCUCUCGCAGCUCCUCCCUGCGCUCCAGAAAGACAGUCCGCCAGGUGUUCCCCAGGUCGGAGCCCGUGACCUCUGACCUCGCAGCCGACAGCGCCGACUUCAGCUCGGCCCCCCCGUCGCCAGAGCUCCUGAAGAACAUGGAGAAAGUUGCCGCUCGGUGGUGGGGCAGUAAGAGGAUGGACUACGCCCUGUACUGCCCCGACGCCCUGACGGCGUUCCCCACAGUGGCCCUGCCGCAUCUCUUCCACGCCUCCUACUGGGAGUCCACGGACGUGGUCUCCUUCUUGCUGCGACAGGUGAUGCGACACGAGAACUCCAGCAUUCUGGAGCUGGACGGUAAAGAAGUGUCUGAAUUCACUCCGUCCAAACCUCGAGAGAAGUGGCUCCGCAAGAGGACUCAUGUUAAAAUCAGGAACGUGACGGCCAACCACCGGGUGAACGACGCCGUGUUCACGGAGGACGGAGCCCAGAUGGUGACGGGGCGCUUCAUGUACGGCCCGCUGGACAUGGUCACGCUGACCGGCGAGAAGGUCGACGUGCACAUCAUGACGCAGCCCCCCUCCGGGGAGUGGGUGUUCUUCAGCACGGAGCUCACCAACAGCAGCGGCCGCGUCUCCCACCUGAUCCCCGAGGGACGGAAGCUGGGCAUCGGGGUCUAUCCCGUCAAAAUGGUGGUCAGGGGCGACCACACGGUGGCGGACAGCUACCUCUCCGUCGUGCCCCGGGGAACCGAGUUCGUCGUGUUCAGCAUCGACGGCUCGUUCGCCGCCAGCGUUUCCAUCAUGGGGAGCGACCCGAAGGUCCGAGCUGGAGCCGUGGAUGUGGUGAGGUACUGGCAGGACUUGGGCUACGUGAUCGUCUACGUGACGGGUCGCCCCGACAUGCAGAAGCAGCGCGUGGUGGCCUGGCUCUCUCAGCACAACUUCCCCCACGGCAUCGUGUCCUUCUGCGACGGGCUGGUCCACGACCCCCUCCGCCACAAGGCCAACUUCCUCAAGAGCCUCGUCAGCGAGGCCCAGAUGAGGAUCUUCGCAGCCUACGGCUCCACCAAGGACAUCUCGGUGUACUCGUCCCUCGGCCUGCCCCCCUCACACAUCUACAUCGUGGGGAGGCCCACCAAGAGGCUGCAGCACCAGUGUCAGUUCAUCCCGGACGGCUACGCCUCCCACUUGUCCCAGCUGGAGUACAACCAGAGGUCCCGGCCCGCCAAGUCCGCCAGCACCCGCAUGGUCCUCCGCAAGGGCAGCUUCGGCCUCGGCGCCGCCGGCGGCGAGUUCCUCCGCAAGCGCAACCACAUCUUCCGCACCAUCUCCUCUCAGCAGGCCGGGGGGGGCGGGCCGGCCUCCCCCGGCCUGCCGGGCCGGACCGAGCGGACCCAGAGCCAGUGCGAGGUGGAGCGGGACCGGGGGGUCGGGGCGGCGACCCAGAGGAGCAUGAGCAUAGCGGCGGGCUGCUGGGGCCGCAGCGGCAGCGCCAAGGAGGGCAGCGGGGGGGUCGCUCGGCCCUAAAUGAAGGACCCGCCGUGAUCUCUGGACUGGACGCAGACCAGAGAUCAGGGAGGGGGGAGGAACGGGGGGGUUUGUAUUUUAGAAUACUCUGUAGCAUGACUCUUUUACUGUACUACUUUUAUAGGAUACAUCAUUAACUAAAGUUAAGGACUAAAUGAUAUAAUGUAAGCCUUAAACUAGUCUCGUCUAACGGGACCCCCCCCCCCCCCCCUCCAAGCAUCCAUGAGCUCAGGACAACCUGCAGAGCCGAUGAGCUUUCGCCUGCUUCAGUCCCACCGAGCGGCAGCGACUUCGCCCAGAAAGGACGACGAGUAAGAGCUGGAUACUGAAAUCAGACAAAAGACACAUUUUCUCUCUGGUUUCCAUCCAGUACUUGUUGGUUUGUUAAUACAGAAAGCGGCUCAAACUCAACCACUCACAACAAAGCUGAACUUUAUUAAAUGUCAACAGUACACACGUCCAACAUGAGCACGGUGACCUUCAGCGGACGCAGGCCAGCGUGCUGACGCGCUUUAAAUGUCAAUGCGACUAAUUGAGAAAAUGUGUCUUUUUAGUAGUUCUGGUUAACCGAUGGUCUUGCUUCUCGUCUGAGUCACAGGACAACUUUGUUCCUCACCGAGAGGCUCCGUUAGUACUCCGUUAGUACUCCGUAUAGUACACCGAGUAUUUUCCCUUUCUGCGUGGCCUCUGGGCCAUCCGAGGCCUUAACAUCCACCCGCACUCAGCAGACAAACAGGGCAUGCAGCGUUACAGCAACAAGACUCUGUGCAGUCCACCGCAACGAUCCCUUUAUAUAUUCAUCCGCUUGCAAUACCUCCCAUCCACCCGCUGGGGGCGUUCUGUUCUCCACCCGUGCUGCUGCUGGACACACACACACGCACACACUCCCCGGCCUUUUGCUCGUCUGGACGGACUGACGGAGGACAAAGGUGGUGUUUGUGCUGAGUCGGUGUUUAGAGGCGCUGAGUUUCCACUCACAGUGACCUGGACAUUUUUCAGUAUUUUUACCAAAACGGGACAGAAGUGAUUCAGAUCGAUCUUUUCUGUGGUGGAUGUGGAAGAAAAAUCCCCGGCGCCCUCGUGGGAGCAGACGCCACUGCUGCUUCUGUCUACUGGACUGUAUGUUUUUAUACAAAGAGGACGUAGAAGAAGAAGCAAACACACAUCUCCGAUCCAACAACACACCCUCCAUCUUUGUAGGAGAGGUUCACUCUUCUUCAAAGUCUGUCUCAAAACUCAAGCAAAAGUCGAGAGCCCGAUUGAAGAGUGAAACAGCUGUUUACUGAAACUUUAGACUUUUUAGACUCCAGAAGUCCUAAUAUUUUAAAUUUAUGAUAAUCCUGGACUUCAGGUAAGGCCUUCUGUCUCCUCUGGUGUCCCCCAAGGCUCCAUCCUGGGCCCUCUUUAGUUUUCAUUAUAUACGUUUCCACUGUAACAACAGAUGGUUCUCUACUUUCCUUUGGGGAUGUCAGUGUAGCACCACAAAGAAAAGAUGUUUACGCACAUCGGCUUCAGAUCGACGCUUUUGUCCUUCAUCACGUUCACUGGAAGCACAAGAAGAAGAGAUCCAUGAAAUAUUUAAUUCACACAGUAGUGUUCAAAGGCCGGUUAUUCCAAAUAGACUAUUUGUACAUGGGACCUACCAGAAAACAUGGUAAACUAUGAUAUAUGUCGAGGUAAAUUCAAUCAGUAUGAACAGGAGAAAAAAGCCGUAUUAAAUAAUCUUCCGUGCGUCUGACUGUUGUUUUGCUACGGACUUGAGAAGGUGUGAACGUCUCCUCUGAAAGCCGGAGAGCUUCGGGUCGUCGACGCCGUCGAUGUGCGCUCGGCUUGCACCGCACAACGAGGAGCGCGCGUGAUCGACAUCGUCUUCAGCCCUCCACCAAAAGCCAAAACCAUCCUCCGAAUACUGUAGUUAAUCAACUGUGUAACCUCAUCGUUUAUUGCACUAGUCAACGGUGGAAAUAUCCAGUAGUUACCAUCUCGUGUUGCUACAUCUGAACACCUCUGUAGUGCAUGACACUUUUUAUUGGUUUCAGGGUAAUAAUGAUAAUUUAGGUAAAUGUGCCAAACAGUGCAGAGCUUUAGAGGAGAGCGUUUAGACCAGGGGGGGUUUUCCAAAGUGUGACACCUCCAUCUUCCUCUCAUUCACCGUUCUCUUACUUCUGGUUGGAAGAUCAUCAGGACGUGAACGGGAAGAAAGGUGUUCGGCUGGAAUGUUUUGUGUUUCGGCAAAUAAAAAGUGUGCCGGCGAAGGUGUUGGCACUUCCUGUCCACGUUGUGCCAGUGAAGCGUACAGACAUCCGCCAUCGGCGCUUUGAAACGCACACAAAAAAAGGUGUUUCUGCGGCAAAUCCUGCAGCUUUGAGAAGGAAUCUGAACAUCUGGGUGUUGAUCCUCCCAGUUUGAACCCCCCUGAUUUAGACUCUACCCAGCCAUGUGUUUUGAGUGAGAAGGAUGUAACUCACUUCCUCGACCGGAUGUCGGAGAUUCUACUCCUGUUUCGAUCUGUUAUCUGCGUCUGAGAAGGACUUUUAGAGGUCGGGCGUGUCGCUCUAAUCGUUGACAAUAAGCUUUUUACGGAGCUUGAGCUUCUGCUGUGUAGUGAACGCCAUGUUUUUGGCUCCCAACCCGUUUGUUGAAUGUCUGCCGUUUGGAUUGUGAGGCUGCUCAGUGUACAUACUGUACAGAUGUAUAUGUAGGACUUAUAUGGUGGAGAACUAUUUAUUUACCUAAAGAUCAUUAUGAUGUUCUGGAAAUUUCAGGUGAAAUAUAUUUGAAGAAAUGUAGCAUUUUUAUUUGUGGCUUCGGUGGUCGUCACGGCUACGGACCAACACAGGAAGGGGUUUUAUUUCAUCAUUUUGGUCGUUUUUUUAAAUUAUGUUUUUCUUACCAGUGCAAUAUUGUUGUUAGUCACAGCCACGAUCACAGCAGGGGGCACAAUGGACACACAAACGCACACCUGGUGAGAGCUGUUUGUACCCGAGCUCCGCUCUCCUCACAACCCGCCGGGCGCUUCAAGGGACUCGUUUUCAUAAACCGGAGUCUUUUCUCAGCAUGAAGAGCGUUUUAAAAAAAGGCGGGAAGGAAGCGGCUCAGUUUAAGAGCCGCCGCAUGUCGUCCAGUCGGAUCGGAGCUUCGUAACCGUCACGCUUCACGGUGAUAAAAACAGUCAUGUUGUCCGCUACGUCGUCGCUGUUUAAAGGAAAUAUAUAUCCAUAGAUUCCGCUGAUUAUAUCUGAGAAUAUUACAAUUAUUGCCACGUUUUGAAUAAGACUUAUCCGGGGUAGUUUUUGAAAUGCACAGUCCAGUGUUUUAAUUACUGCGGAGGUUUUUCUUGUGUUACCACUUUUUAAUAAAGCACCUUCUUAAGAAGAAGAAAUACGUUUUUAACAAAUGACUUUAUUAAUGGUUAAAGGAACAGUUUUCCCUUUUGGAGAGUAGGACGUAAGGUCGACACCCCACCAUGUUUUAUGUUUUAUUUAGCUUUAGCUUUAGCUUAGCACAAAGAAUGGGAGCAAACCGCUAACCUGAGUGUCAAUGUAGCUAGAAAAUAACUUCAGAUGAAUAAAUGCAGAAAUGACUAUUCAUCUUGUUAUUAGAAGAUAUGAGGAAACCGCAUGGGUAAUUAUGAGUUGAUUACAAACCGUUUAAACAGCAACGGGACUUUUAUUAAACUGUUAAGUCAUUAAUAAAUCUAUACAUCUUG